GAAUAGCAGUCUGGGAUGGGGAUACUGCGCAUGCGCAUGAAUUUGGAAGCUGCGUUCAAGGCUGUGAGGAAGUUUUUGGUACAACAUGUUGCGUCGCGCGCGAACUCAAGGAGAACGUUGAAGAAGAGACACCAGGGGCAAGCGAGGUGGAAGUGGAGCGCGGAAACUGUCGUUUGGUUUUACACAAUGUCAGCUGAUACCGUUACAUUUGACAGCGUGAAAGCUGUCAUCUUAUCAGCUCAUGAAGAGACUACAACAGAAGAAAAGGUCAACUUUUACAAUUCCUGGGCACAUUCCUAUGAACAGGAUGUGGCUGUUUUGGAUUACCUUGCACCAGGUCUGGCGGCAAACAUGAUCUCCACCCACGUCACUGGUGACCGUGGGGCAAUGUCUGUGUUGGACGUGGCUUGUGGCACAGGACUGGCGGCCAAACUGAUGAAGAACGAUGGAUUCGGACAGUUUGUGGGUGUUGAUGGAAGCGAGGCUAUGUUGGAGAGGGCUAGACAGAGCGGCUUGUACCUGGACCUGAAGCAGUCACUGCUGGGAGACCAGCCUCUACCUUUCCAAAUGGAUUCAUUUGAUGUGGUUGUGAUUUCUGGAGCACUGAGCACUGGUCAGGUCCCCGUCACUGUGGUCAGACAUCUGUGCAAAUGUGCUAAACCGGGUGGCUACAUUUGCAUGACAACAAGAAGUAACCACUGCAACCAAGAAUACAAAAGCACCCUGGAACUUGAGCUGAGGAAAAUGGAGGAUGAGAGGCUUUGGAGUCGUGUAGAGGUCAUGGAGGUGGAAAAAUGGGAGAGAGCAGUGUUGGAGCAGGACGAUGAAGAAUACAUCCCUGGUGUUGUCUACCUUUAUCAGAAACUACCCAUCAAUGUAGAUUAGAGCUGCAACUCAUGAUAAUUUAUGUAAUCAAUCAAUUCAUCUGUCAAUUAUUUUCUGUGUGGGCCAUGACAUGUCAGAAUAUGCUGGUUGGCGUUUCCUUAACCUCAAACAUGAUAAAUGACGAUGUUCUCA